CGCUCUGCGCACUCGCAUUAUGUCUGUCGAAAUCCAUACCAUUCCGAAAGCUUCGACAGCCGAAGCGAAGAUAAACAGAAUUUCAUGUGCUGUAACUCAAGUAACUAUAAAUCUCGCACAGGAUAAGGCUAGAGGCGGAGCGCAAGCUAUGCUUUACGCCAUCGGAUUGACGGAGGAUGACAUGAAUAAGCCGCAAAUCGGAAUUUCCCCAAUAUGGUGGGAAGGGAAUCCAUGCAACUCCCAUCUUCUGAACCUUGCAAAACAUGUCAAAGUGGGAUGCCAAGAUGAAGGGUUUGUCGGACUGAUAUUCAACACCAUUGGCGUGAGUGAUGGGAUGACGAUGGGCACCGACGGUAUUAUUUUUGAUAUUGACAGCAAUUCACUAAGAGGACCAAAUGCUGACUCUGCCCUUCCUAGUCGUGACAUUAUUGCCGACUCAAUCGAAGCCGCGCAACACUAUGACGGGAACAUAUCCAUUCCAGGAUGUGACAAGAAUAUGCCAGGUUGUCUAAUGGCUGCUGUGCGUCACAACAGACCAACAGUCAUCGUUUAUGGUGGUACAAUUCAGGCGGGAACGCGACAUGUAGAUUGUCCUUCCAUGGGAUAUAAGAAAGGUGGUACCGUCAACAUCUCGGACGCUUUUGAGUCCUACGGGGCUUUUUCUGUUGGUCAAAUCAGUGACGAGGAGCGAUUUGAUGUCGUUCGUCAUGCCUGUCCUGGCGCAGGUGCUUGUGGUGGAAUGUAUACCGCUAACACUAUGAGCUCCGCGUUAGAGGUUCUUGGCAUGUCUUUGCCAUACUCUUCGAGCACGCCUGCUGUUUAUCCUGAGAAAGUGCAGGAGUGUACCAAGGCAGCGAAGUAUCUGAAGAAGCUGCUGGAACAUGAUGUCAAACCUAGGGACAUUUUGACUCGCCAAUCUUUCUUGAAUGCCAUCGUUAUGGUCAAUAUACUUGGCGGCUCGACGAAUGCAGUUCUUCAUUUCUUAGCUAUGGCUAGAGCAGCAGAUAUUGAGCUAACAGUGGAUGACUUCCAAGCGAUUUCUGACAAGACUCCAUACAUCGCAGAUCUAAAGCCGUCCGGCAAGUAUUACAUGGAGGAUGUUCACCGGGUCGGAGGCAUUCCUGCGAUUCUCAAGUAUCUGCUCAACCAUACCGAUCUGAUCGACGGAUCACAACUAACAGUGACCGGGAAGACUCUCGCACAAAACCUGGAAGACGUUCAAGAGCUUUCUUUCGAUAACCAGGAUGUCAUCAAGAAACUUGACAAUCCUAUCAAGAAGACUGGUCAUCUUACGAUCCUCCGAGGCAACCUUGCACCCGGGACGGCCGUUGCAAAACUCACUGGAAAAGAAGGCCUACGUUUCGAGGGCACGGCCAAAUGCUUUGAUAGCCUUGAUGGAUUCUUCCCCGCCUUGGAAACUGGCGAGAUCAAGCCGGGUAUGGUGUUAAUCUUCAGGUAUCAGGGUCCCAAAGGCGCGCCGGGAAUGCCAGAGGUGUGGCCAACCGCUGCCCUUGCGGGGGCCGGUCUAAGUACAAGCACUGCUUUGAUUACCGACGGAAGAUUCUCUGGAGCGAGUCGAGGCUUUAUCAUAGGCCAUGUUGUUCCAGAGGCUCGUCUCGGAGGACCUAUUGCUCUGGUCAAAGACGGAGAUCCAAUUAUCAUCGACUCUGAGAAGAGAACGAUUGAUUGGUUAGUCGAUGAGGAAGAGCAGGAGAGGCGCAAGAAAGAAUGGGAUGCUUCGGACAAGAAGGAGCUGAAUGUGAAGAGAGGAAUUCUAUUCCGAUACGCGAGGGAUGUUGCGCCCGCCAAUGUGGGAGCAUAUUGCGACUGAGAAGUGAGAUAGGAAGCAAGGCAUAACUUCAUUAAAAGAAUACAAUAAAAU